UAAUUUCGCUUUACCACUCAGACAUAUUAUUCUGCUUUGUACUUUUUUGGAGCAUAUACAUUGCCCACAUUGGUCGAGAACACGCUUAUUUACAACGCAAAUUCAGACGUAAGCAUGAUAGAGGCUCAUUUUUUGAUAUCCGGACUUAUCCAGGCACUGCUGCGGCUGAUGCUAAUCUCAACUUUAUUUAUGUCCAAGUCCAAUCAGGAAGCAUUAUUUAUGAAAUUGAUAUCCUGAAUUUCUUGGUGACAUAUCUAUAAUUGUUGCAUUAUCAGCAACGAGCGCUGAAGGAAUCAUGUAGGUCGUAACUUCCUAUAUCUCACCACAAUAGACACUUUCUCUGUAAUAAGCGAUAUCAUCUUCAAUUCUUAAAAUGCUGAUCAAGAGUUUAGAACAAGUGUGAGGAUAGAUCUAUCGAUAUAACACUUAUAAUUUUAUUAUAGAUUCAUAUUCCAGCGCCUAAAAUUUUCGAUCAGCAUUUUGAGAAUCGAUGAUGAUAAACUGAAAAAAAGAGUCGAAAACUUAUUGCAUAUUAAACUAAACAGAGUUCUUUCAUUUGUUCUCCUUAACUGUGGGAUAAACUCCAUCCGCCAAAUCCCUUUUGGUUUCUUCGUCAGAAAUUUGUGAGAAGAUACAGUACUAUUUUUAGGCUU